UCUUCCUCUGCUUGGCACCCAUAGUUGCUGUGUUUGUGGAGGCAGUACCUAGCCACCAGAGGGCGAUAAACAGUGAAUUGUCAUCUGAGCCUAGCAGAGUAGUUCUGGGCUCCUGGGAGGACGGUAGCUGUGCCCUGUCCCCCUGGGGAGCAGCUCCUGGACCCUUCUGAAGCUCAGCAGUUGGUCCUGAACGCUGUUAGUCACCAGGAUGAACAUGCUGAGUAGUGGCCUGAAGGCUGUCUACGCAGGGGAGGUCUAUUGGUGUAAGUGACAGUGUAUUUAAACUAUGCUAGUUCUACCCCGACACUCACAUAUUCCAGCACCAGAGAGUUACCCUGGGAUAUCUAGGUCGGGUAAAUACACUGGUUUAAUCAUACCAGUAACUGGUAAAACUGUCCAGUGUGGACAAGCCCUAAUUCCUGCCCAGCUGGUGAGGCUGUGAGCUUGCCCGCUCUCCCUUACGGUGUAUCACCAGGGUGGAGGUGAGAGUCUCAGCCCAGCAGACCCCCAACAUCACACUGACUCCUUAGGUCCUGGUGUUGCUCUCUGGUUCCAUGGGCUUUGUCUCCUCUAGGUCAGCGGUCUCCCCAGCACAUGAGCUUCAAGUACCACGUCAUGCAGUGCCAUCCAUGCUGAGGCACAUGCUGUUUUCUGCAUUACUGGGUGGGAGGCACCACCAUGUGUUCACGGGAGGUCCAGAUGUGCCUUGUGCUGGUGCUGGCAUGCUUAGGACUUUGACCUACCCACACCUUUCCCACAUUCGGGCAGGUGUAGAGGUAGCACCCUGCAUGCAUUGAGUAGUACUCCGUCCCCAGUUCCAGUUAACCAAGGCAGAUCAGCAAAUGGUAGGGACACUGGGUAGUGUGUGCUCUGAGUCCUGACACUGCAGCAUGGGGUCUCUACCUUCUGUGAGUCUCAGAAGAGCUUGCAGCGAGGCAGGGGGAAGCCCAGGGGAGGGGUGGCACUACCUGAACACAGCGCUUUACACGCCCAUGGUAGUAUGGGGUUUGAAAAGUCCCAGAUUCAGCCCAUUGUGUGUGCUGUCAAUUUCUCUGAAAUAAAUUGGUGAGUCCCAGUAUGUGAGCACUGCUUUCCAUUCCAAGUAAACCACCUUCCCUGGGCAGUCACUGCAGGAUCUGUACCCUUCCAAUAGCCCCAGCUAGAAGGACUGUGUCCAUGGGGGCGGGGGGUCCUCAGGGCUUGGGAGGAGUAGGGGAAAUGAACUGCUCUGGGUUCUCUGGUCGUAUGUUCUGCUCUGUAGAAGGAUCUUCUGUUGCCUCUGGACAGUCAAGAAGUAAAAAUGGAAGUCUUCAAUCAGGGGCCACUUCUGAAAUGUGGGCCUCCCCUGUGCCUGAGGUGGGGGUAUGAAGAUGGUGUCCUCAGAGGGGUGUACUCUGAGCACUGUCACUGUAAAGCUCUUAGCUCCUCGGGUAGGGGACAUGCUAAAAAUGCAAGAUAGGAGUGCCUGAGAUCUGACAAGGGAAAUGGACUAGAUCCAUUGUCCAAGGGACGUGUAGAGGGGGGGGAAAACAAAUCAAUAGCACGAAGGACACAGUAUCUGUAAUGUCUCUAGUAAUCUCAGGCAUAACUAGUAACCUGGCUAAUUCAUGGGAUCCAAAGCCAGAAGGGACCGUUACCACCAUCUAGUCUGACCUGUAUAAGACAGGCCACGAGCCUUUGCAGAAUUAAUUGCCGGUUGCACUAGAGCAUAACUUUAAAAAAAAAAAAAUCUAAAAAUUGCCAGAUGGAGAAUCCACCAUGACUGCUGGUAAAUUUGUUCCGAUGGUUAAUUCCACUCGCUAUUAAACAUUUACACUUAUUUCCGGUCUGAAUUUGUCUAGCUUUGGCUUCCACCAACGGGGUGGUGUCAGACCAUUCUCUGCUAGACUGAGUUAUAGAGUGAGCAGCAUCCCAACUGCUGGCCAGUUACCCAAACCUGAACCUGCCCCUUCGCAGAGCUGCCUGGUGGUAGCUGAGUUUUGCUGUCAGUUUAGGGUAUUGCCAAGUAAAUUCCAGUUAAAGGAGGUUUAGAUUCCAAGGCGAAAACCUCCAUCCCUGCCAACCUGAUCAUUGGUGAUGGGGCCAGGUAAAUAGCUGAGGCUAAGGCCUGGGUGUGGGUGAUUUUCCAUUUCCUCCUCCUGUAGAAGCUGUGGGGUGUGUGCGCUCUCCCUGGGGACUCAGUUACUAAACACCUGUUUAUAGUAACCAUUGUGAGCAGCAGGUUGGAAAAUAUCCCCACAGUGCGACUCACUCAAUCAAUAGCAGCCGAUGCUGGCGCUCCAGACAGGUGAGUGACUUCCAAGCAUAGGACUUUUUCACUCAGUGUGUUGCCUCUUAUAUUUUCUCCUCAGCUACUGCAUGUCUGUGAGGUUCACUAACCUCAUGAGGUUAUAAUGCUCUGGCACAGGCUAUGCUGACAGGCCAUAGCUAUCUAAUGCACAGUAACUAUGGGCUUCUCUAGGAGCUAUGGCCUCGCUGCAGGAAUCCCUGGGUGAGAUUCCCUGGCCUGUGCUGUGCAGGAGGCUAGAUUAGAUCAUUGCAGUGAUACCUUAACACCUGUGCAGAGCCCGGCUGUAUUCUGGGGAGUCCCCAGGCUGUAUCCUUGGGGGUCUGUUACUGGAAUGGCCCAGCAACUUUCCUUUCCUCCCACUUUCAGCCGCAUGAGGCAACGAAACGCCUAGAGGUGGUGUGACUGCCAUGGUGUGUGAGGAGUGGGAGCCCCAGUAACCUGCCGAAAUGAGAUCAGGGUGUGUCUGUUCCCAGCCCCUGAGCAUGGGCCAGAGCUACAAUGGGUGUGAACUGCCGGGCUGUGAGCAUGUCAAUCUCUGCCCCUUGGUGCUGUGUUAACAAGAAGGGUGAGAGAGGGGGUGACUCUGAGUGGUGUGAUUAGCAAAUCCAGUGCUUUGCAUGCCACACGGCGCAGCACUCCCCACCUCACCCCCAGGCUUAGGAGCUGCUAGUGGUGGUUCAAUGAGGGACCCCGCCCUGUAACCAGUCUCCUGGACUGAGCCAUGUGUAUAGGAGGGGCCACGUGUGGAAGUGCGGGAGAAGAGGAAAAUCUGUGGAUUAUCUGGGAGCUGGGCUGAGAGAAACCCCAAAGCCAAGAAAACAAAUGAUGUAAGCUGGGGGCAGACUUCCACUGCAUCACCUCUGUCUCCUGCCCAGGGUGGAUGCCAUGGAGACCAGCUGGGACAGCAGCCUCCACAGCUGGGCCGGGCCUGCCCCGGCUGUGAUCCAAGCCACCAUGUACUCCAAAGCAGCGCGGCAGGCGGAGGAAACCAGGGAAGAGCUGGAAAAGAUCCGGGCACGGAUUGACCAUAUGAUCCAGGCCUAUGAGCGCAGUGAGCAGGUCUCGUCUGCCCAGCAAGCAGCCGCAGAGAUUGUGGAGGAUGUGGAGCAGCUGGCAGCCGUCUUGGGGGACCCCGUGAAGAAGAGGAGAUACCAGCAGCAAGUGACUGUCUUCAUCGUGGGGUACCAGGAGUCCUGUGGGCAGCGCAAUAGCCUCCUGAGCCAGCUGCAGGAGUUCUUCAGCUGCUCCGUGGAGCUGGGGCUGGGGGAGGAGAGCCACAGCCUGCCCGACGACUUCCCUGUGCACAUGGACGAUGUGGCUGGCACGGUAACAGCGGCUUUGAGCUCAGCCGAGGCAGCCAUGUCCCGCCUGGCGGAUCUGAACAAGGAGAUUGUCAGCUACGUGACCAGCGCCCUGGCCACACACAGCCCCAAAAGGAGCCACAGGAAGCAAGUGGAGAAGGCUGUAGACAAGGCUAAGGAAGAGGUGGUCCAGAUCAAACACAGGCUCCUGCAGGCUCAGGCAGACGUGGAGACCAAGGAACGACAGCUGAAGGACCUGCAGCAGCUGAGCGAGAUGAAGGCGAAGGAGAGCCGGCUCUUCCGAGCCCAGCUGGAGAGCACCCAGAGACGCCUGCAAGGCCUGGAGCAGGAGAGUGGGGCUCAGCGGGCCCACCUGGAAGCCGAGCUGAGGAGCCGGGACUCGCGCAUCGUGGAGCUGGACGGGUUCCUGCAGGAGAAGGAGUGGCUGCGGAGGGACGCGGCCACCCAGUGCAGCGACCGCGCCCUGUCCAGCCCUGCUGCAUGCCCAGGGGGGCUGCUCCCCUCCAGCGCGGGGGCUGCCGAGGAGGGGCCACCAGCAGGAAGGGAGCUCGGGGAAGGGCUGGCAGAGUCCAUGGUGCAACCUGAAGGGGGGUUCUCGAACCCAGAGGACACCCCAGGGCAGCACUCAGAGCAGCCGCAGCCCGUUGGUGGCCCCUUAGCACACUCAGCUAUCCUGGGGCCGGGGGCGCUGGCUGGGCCGGCCGGAGGGCACAGGGAAGCUGGGAAGGAAGAGGAAGAUGCUGAAGGGGAGCCAGCCACACACCCUGCAGGGGGUGAGAGGAGCCCCAGCUGGGGCGCUGCAGUCGGGAAUCCAGCGGUGCAGACUCCAGAGGCCUCGGCUACAUGUGAGCUCCUGGCCCGGCGCCUGGCUGCCCUGGAGGCAGAGUUAGCUGCAGCCCACCUGCAAAGCCAUGAGGACACCGAGCACUGGGAGAGACGCUGCAGGACCAUGGCAGCCGAGUGGGAGGAGGAGAGGCAGAGAUUAUUGCAGCAGCCACGGCAGCCACAGGAGACGGCGCGUCCAGCAGAGACGGCGCAGCACCUGGAGACAUCCCAUCGGGGGCAGCCAAUGAAGCGGGUGGCUGUGGUGCAGCCAGCGCAGCAAUGGGAGACAGCUCAGCAGGUGGAGACAGUGCUGCAGAACCUGCCAAUGCAGCAGGGGCUGGUGGUGCAACUGGUGCAGCCGUUGGAGAUGGUGCAGCAGGUGCAGCUGGUUGAGCGAGUGGAGCCAGCCCCACAGAUGUCUGCAGCUGGAUCGCAGUUGACUUUGGAGGCCAGAGGCUUCCCAGAGCCGACUCUGCCUCCCACUCCUGCUGGAGGAGCCGCUCCUUCCCCAGGGCCCACCAGGCAGAGGGGCGCCCCCAGAGCAGGUGCUUCCCCGGAUGCCCUGUCCCAGUCCCAGUGCGGGGCGAUCGCAGCGCCUGCAGCAGGACGCCGUGGAGUCGACAGCCACGUGGUGGCCUUCAUAGAGACCUUGCGGGCAGGACUUAUGGCUAAAGAGCUCCACGUGCUGGCUCGGCUCCUGGACGGCCCGUGUGGCAGGCUGACGACAGAACUCCCCGCGGCCCCUGAGGAAGCAGCAGGAGUUGAAAUCCACACGCUGCUUGGGAACGCUACCCUAGUUUUUUACAGCUUGCUUGAAAGUAUAAGUGGUAAUGACAAGAUGCUGCUCCAGCCGCAGGACGUGACGUCAGAUCAAGGAGGAGCUGCGGCGCCAGCCCUGGGAAAAGGUGUUGUCCUGGGUGGAGCAGACCCGUUGGCUCUGGACCAGCACCCUGUAGGAGGAGGGCACAGCUCCCAUGCUGUCCCGGUAAGGGAGCGUGGGAGGCCGGGGUGGGCAGUACAAGCCUUGUACUGGCUGAGCUGUCCUUGGCACGAGUCAAUGCAGGGAGCUGAGAUGGCGUGGCAUCUCCCAAGCUGCGCUAACCCAAGGCUGGCUGAUGAGCGCAGGAGGGGAGCUGAGUCCCAGGUCCGAGCCUGGCAGUGCCGGGGCCAAGAGGAGAGCCCCCAGGGUCCUGUUUACUCAGCAGGACGAGCAGCACAACAGACAGGUGCUGAACCAAGGCGUAUGCAGAGGCCAGGUGCCGUGGGGCCUGUACCAGGACGCCAGCCUGCUGAUGGGGGGCUUCCGAUGGCUUCGCCGCCAGAGGUUCGAGGGCCUGGUGAGAGGUUACCUGGCCCAUGGCUGCAUGAAGGAGGCAGAAGAAACCUUGGAGCAACUUCAGGGCAGUUGUGGCUGCGUGAAGGCGCACAGUGUGCUGGGGCGACUCCGAGCGCUGAGGCAGCAGAGGCUCCAGUGCUGGCGGGGCGAGUGGCACCGCAGCUGGGCAAGGCGGCUGCAGCUGGCAGAGCUGCUCAGCGAGACGCUGGGGCACGUGGAGGAGCGUUCGGGGCUGUUCCUGAUCCAGCCUGUGCUGCCGUGGCCUGGCCGGCCGACUGCACUAACCCCUCCUGGAAGGAGCGACGCCCGGCCCCAACCCACUCCCAAGAUGCUGGUGCCAGCACUGAUGGGACAGGAAGUGAGCAGCUCCCUGGCCACACGGGGUCUCCGGCUGCGCACCCCAAGGGAGGCAGGGCCCCACAAGCUGUGGAGCUUCCCACCAUUGGGGGGCAGCAGGGCCUGGCCAGACCAGGACCUGGUGCUGCCAAGCCCACUGGUGAUCACCCCGCGGCUACUGGAGAUGGACCUCAAUGGCUACCUGCUGCAGGAGCGCCAGGUGAGCAGGAGGAGCCAGCCCGGCCCAGGCCCAGCCAAUCCCGGAGCCAGGCCCUUCACAGCCUCGCUGAGGAGUUUCCUUCCUGUCCGACGUGGCAUGGCCCUGAUAGGCCCCAGCCACUCGGAGAGGCCGAGUGCCCAGCUGUGACUCCAGAUCGGCUCGCGAUCCUGUGGGCAUAUUCCGGACUUCAGGACACAGCUUGAUAAACCAUCUAUUUGAAAUCAGCUGGCUGGGAAAGGAUCACAGUCCAGAAUGGCCAGACAGCCUUCCGCCCCUCACUCCCCCCAAAAUAAAGACACUGCAUCUACAUGUGCCCAAUCACAGCCCUUCUUUCCCUGCCAGGCCCCAAUCCCCAGUGCAGAAGCACAUUUCUCUGUGUUGGCGGCCGUGCUCUGGCCAGUACCUGGAGAGGACCCCCUGUGCUUUGGCCAGGAUGGGGCUUUGGCGCUGGCCUGCGGGAUAGUGUAUGGACCGAGCUGGAGCUGUUCGGAACACUGCAGCCUGACCUGGAUACUGGAGGUUCCUGUCUGGCUAAUUGGGUUAGUUUGGGGACAAACAAGCUCUCAGGGGCUGUUGGGAAAAACAAGCAGGAAGGGGAAGAAUGGCUCCAGCACAGCCACUGCACAGGACUUGAAGGUGCUGAGCGACAAAGCCAGGGCCCAAAAAGGCCCCAGGACAGAAGAGAUCCAAAACCUGGAAUAGGGUUUAAAAGGGACUCGUUCUGGAGGGAUCAGGGGGUUUUAGGGGACCCAGGCAGAGCCACAUGUCUGAAGAAGCUAGGCCUGCCGCAGCUACCCUGGGGGUGGUGAUCCGUGGGCUUAGCCAGUUGUUUUACAAGCCUUGUUCUCAGCGUGCUUUGUUCCUACCAUCCAAAUAAACCUGCCUUGGGUUCACCAGGCUGGC